AUGUCUACUGUCACAUCUGUUUCAAAUUAUGACUCACCACUCGCUUCUCAGGGUGUUGCACCGAAGUCAAAUGGUUUGUUUACAUGGCGGCCGACGAACGCCGAUCGGCUAGAGCAGAGCGAAGCACUCAUGCUCCGUGGCAUCAAAUAUCAGCAGUGCUUUGUCGCGGGCCUCAACACGAUAUCAAACGUAGAGAUUCGCAGGGGUGGAUCCGGCGGUGACAGAGAUAUCAUGGUGCUGAUUCAUGGCUUCGCCGGUGGUCUGGCGUGCUGGGCACAGAACUGGGAGUUCUUCUCUGCGCAGUACGAGUUGUACGCUGUUGAUCUACCAGGCUUCGGGCGCAGCGAACGGCGUGACGUGAAUGUGGAAUCGCUAGAGGGUGCAAUGGGUUUCAUCUGCGCGUAUCUGGAUCGCUGGUUCGGCGAGUUGGAGUUUACUCGCCCCGUCAUCCUGCUGGGGCAUUCGUUUGGCGGCUUCAUCGCGGCGCACUACGCCGUCGCGUCCGGACCCAGGCGUGUGAAGCUCCUGGCGCUUGCGGACCCAUGGGGCGUGAAUGAAGCGGACCACGACCGAGUCGACCGCGCGCCGGUGGUCAUUCGGAUGGCCCUGAAGAUGUUCUACGCCAUCAACCCACUCGCACCACUGCGCGCCGCGGGCCCCGCUGGGCCGAAGUUAUUUCGAAUGGUGCGGCCAGACUUUGCGAACCGCUGGAAGAGUUACCUCGACGACCCAAAGGUCUUCUACGAUUAUACAUACCACUGCAAUGCGCAACUCCCCCCGGUUGGGGAAAAGCUAUUUAAGGCGUGCUGCCACGGCGAUGUUGCCGCCAAGAAACCACUUAUUGAGACCCUGCCGAUGCAAUUGUCAAAGGAGAUCCCGUUAGCGGUUCUGUACGGCAGUCAUACUUGGAUGAACGCGGAACGUGGGUUUACGAUGGUUGAUAUCAUGAGAGAAAAGGGGUAUCGAGUGAGGGCUGGAACAAUCAUGAAUGCGGGACAUCAAGUCUUCACCGACAACGCCCAGGAGUUCAAUGAGCAGAUGUUACAGGCACUGCAUGAGUUGCUGAACGAAGAAAAUGCUGGUGAUAGCAAUAUCGCUUGA